AGCGGAGGAGGCGCUGACUGCAUCUCUUUUUCAGCUCUCCUGCUUUGUUUUUCCCGCGGUAGUGACGUCAUUCGGUAUCACGUGACACCUUUUUGGCCCGAUGAAGAACGGCACGCGGCCAGGCAUCGCUCGGGAAGGCCAAGCCUACGGAUACAAAGAAGCGAGACUGCUAAGCGAGACAACCCCUCUGGACUAGCACUGUCGAUGCGGCACCAGAGGAGAAACCCAGAAGAACCCACAAAUGGCAGAUAAACGGAAAUUACAAGGAGAGAUUGACCGCUGCCUCAAGAGAGUCGCUGAGGGCGUGGAGCAAUUUGACGAUAUCUGGCAGAAGGUCCACAACGCCGCCAACGCCAACCAGAAAGAGAAGUACGAGGCGGACCUCAAGAAGGAGAUCAAGAAACUGCAGGUAGGGCCUUCCGACACCGCCGUGUCGGCGACGUCUCGCCUCCCUCGCUCUCCACAGCGGCUCCGCGACCAGAUCAAGACAUGGCUGACUUCUAACGACAUCAAGGACAAGCGUCCCCUCGGGGAGAACCGCAAGUUGAUAGAGACGCGAAUGGAGCGGUUCAAGGUGGUGGAGAGAGAGACCAAAACCAAGGCCUACUCCAAAGAAGGCCUGGGGCAAGUGUCAAAGAUCGACCCGGAGCAGAGAAAGAAGGAGGAGGUUCGGCAGUGGCUAACGAGCGGAAUUGAAAAACUGGACAGACAAAUUGACGAAUUCGAGGCUGAGAUUGAGUCUUUGUAUGCCGGCUCGAAAAAGAAAAAGCUCGACAGAGAUAAAAAUGACCGUGUGGAGGAGCUACAGGGCUGGGUUGAAAGACACAAAUAUCACAUUAAACAGUUGGAGACCGUAAUGAGAUUACUGGACAACUGUUCGCUGGAUGCUGACAAGGUCAGAGGCAUCAUGGAUGAUCUCGACUACUACGUCGAUUCCAAUCAGGAGCCUGAUUUCACCGAGGAUGAGAUGAUUUAUGACGAGUUGGAUCUGGAGGAGGCAGUGGCUGGCAUCUACUCCAGCACUGCGGUACCAAUCCCGGUGGGAGCUCCUCCACACGGCCAGGGGGAGGAAGAGGUGAACUCCAUCUCCAGUUCGCCCUCCGCCUCCAGCCAGGGGCCCCUCUCCCCCAAAACACCCACCACCAUGAAAUCUACAUCACAGGAACUAUUCGAAGAGAGACGGAGAGGGAAAACGACAUCGGUGUCUUCUGUAGAUCAGAAUGAAGUGGUAAACAAUCUAUUACCUUCACCUUUUACCAGUGGCAACCGAUCCACACACGCACACACACACACACAGCAGGUUCAGCCAGCUGUCCCUCUCUCUCCACGAAAACCUACGUCAACCGUGAAAGCCAUUCUACAGAAUUCUGUCGUAGUCGUCCCAUCGGCGGCUCAAGUAGCUCCAUCAUUCUCCAGCGAGGAACCCAACAGUAGCAGUACCUCCAUAUCGAACCCCCACCCUCCUCCUCAUCACUCCGCAAAACCAAAUUCCCUCCCACCCAUCAAAUCCACUCCCUCCUCCUCUGCCCCUACCCCCCUCUCUCAACCCACUUCUGCCCCACCGUCUGUCACUUCACCUAUGCCCUCUUUAUCAUCAGCAGCGACUGCGGGCUCCGUUGCUGCUAGCAACGGCACCCAGAAGACCACGACACCCAAGCUGGCAUUGUCGCCAUGGGGACAAAGCUCAAACAACUCUCCGGUGUCUGCGCAGUCGCCGCAUUCGACGGCAUCGCCGACCACUGUGGUACUGGCCCAGCCUCCUCUCCACACCACUCAGGCUAUGAGCUUCACCAGUGGGGUGUCGCCAGUCAUGACUGGAGGAGGUGUCACGAUAUCAACCUCCCACCCUCACAUCUCCACCUCCUCACAACCGAGACCGCCAGCUCUCGGCUCAGGCCACUCCCUCCACAGUCGCUCCAGCAGCAACUCUUCCAUCUCGUCCACGGCAUUAUCGCAAGACUCCUCCCACCAACCACACCCCCACGUAGCCACGGUGACGGUGCCACACUCGCUGACUAACUCGGGGCCUGGUCACCACCCAGUGGGGCCAGGUGUGUCGGCGUCGUCAGCCUACGAGACGUCGACUGCUACCCCAGCCACCAGCAGUGGCAGCACUCCUUCAGCCCAGGCACACAGUCAAGGGAGUGCACCGAGCUCGUCCGGCUCACCCCGAGUCACCAUGGAAACAGACCACGCCUCCAUGUCGGUCCAGCUGGCUCCGUUCUCCCCCGGCAGCAGUGGCCAGCAACACAAACAGACAGGGACUCCGCCUGUCCCUCCCUCCCCCUCCCUCUCUUCCGCUCAACACUGGAGUACUCCAGUGGAGUCCUCCACCUCCGGGGUACCCCACUCCCCCGCACCCCACUUCACCUCCUCCGCCAUCGCCACGGAGUCCAGCAUGUUUUCCUCUGUCGGGAUCAUGUCCUGGUUGCCCCCGGCGACCGCCAGCUCCAUGUUGUCGAUGGCAACAUCCAAUGAGGUGUCAAGCUCAGCAGCGCUCCUGCCUCCUCAGUCCAGUACAACAGGUUUCAUGGCAUUGGCUGUUGGAGUGAACACAGCAGCUGCUGCGAUCCCUUCUCCACCUUCCUCUCCUUUCUCCUCCAGCCUGAUUGCCACGCCCCCUCCCUCCUCCUCCUCCGCAUUCCCCCACUCUUCCCUCCUCACCAUGCACACACAGGCCCCCCUCCUCACCACCUCACAGUCUUUCCCACAGUCUGAGUCGCCAGUGGUGAGCUUAGACUCCGCCCACCAGAGCUCCACCCAACUGCAAGAGCUGUCGACGCUGAAAGACAUGGCAGCCGAGGCCGUGGCUUCAUCGGCCCUCCCUUCUGGUCACCAUGACGACAAGAAAGAAUCGACAACAAACACCAUGAUCAGACCUCUUUUAGACCACAGUCUGUCGGCUCCCAGGGAGAGGCUAGACACCAUGGCAUCUCUGUCAUCGUCGUCUCGAACUGACACCCAGCUGCAGCCGCUACUGGGAGUGACUCCUCUGGGGCCGAUGCAGCUGUCGCAGGAGAAGCUCUAUCAACUGAAGAUGCUGGAGGCCUCGUGCAAACAUGUGCCACAGCCAGCAGACUCUGAGAGAGUCAGACCAUACCUGCAGAGGACGCCGUGUCCGACGCCCUCGUUCCACCACCAACAUCCUCCGUCUCACUUUGAUACCUUUGAUUUCUUUCAGAGAUUGUCAAUUGAGACACUCUUCUUCAUUUUCUACUACAUGGAGGGGACAAAGGCCCAGUACAUGGCGGCCAGAGCACUAAAGAAGCUAUCCUGGCGGUUCCACACCAAGUACAUGAUGUGGUUCCAGAGACUGGAGGAGCCCAAGGCCAUCACCGAUGACUAUGAAAUGGGUACAUAUAUCUAUUUUGACUUUGAGAAGUGGAGUCAACGCAAGAAGGAAGGGUUCACCUUUGAGUAUCGGUAUCUCGAGGACAAAGACCUUCCUUGAAAUCACAUGAUUGUUUGUUCCAUCUCUUUUUAUGUCGUCACAACAAAUGCAACUCUGUUGUUGAUAGCGAGUGCUCUUUCGCUAACCCAGCCCAGCCCCACUUUCCAUGCGAGAUUUUUGCGUCCCU